AUUGGUCCGCCCCAUUAGGCGGGGAAGUCGCGAGGGCUGGACAAAACUGGGGCUGUUUGGGAGCCAUAGGCGCUGACUGGCAAGUCCGAAGCCGGUGCUAAGAAGUCGCUCUGAGAUCGCGCCGCUUAGGUUUUUCUGUUCCUUUUUUUCUUCCUGUUUAUCUCCAAGCAGCCAGCGGCCCAUAGAAACAUGACCACCAAUAUGGGCCCCUUACAUCCAUACUGGCCCAGGCACUUGAGGCUGGACAACUUUGUGCCUAAUGACCUCCCUACCUGGUAUAUCCUGGUUGGCCUGUUCUCCGUCUCUGGGGUCCUAAUUGUGACCACUUGGCUGCUGUCCAGUCGAGCUUCCGUUGCCCCACUUGGAAAAUGUCGUCGACUGGCCCUGUGCUGGUUUGCUGUGUGUGCAUUCAUUCACCUUGUGAUCGAGGGUUGGUUCUCUUUCUACCAUGGCAUCCUUCUUGAAGACCAAGCUGUCUUAUCCCAACUCUGGAAAGAGUAUUCCAAGGGAGACAGCCGAUACAUCCUGAAUGAUGGCUUCAUCAUCACUAUGGAGACUGUCACAGCUUUUCUCUGGGGACCGCUCAGCCUGUGGGUAGUGAUUGCCUUUCUCCACCAGAAAUCCUUCCGCUUUAUCCUACAGCUCGUGGUCUCUCUGGGCCAGAUGUACGGGGAUGUGCUGUACUUCCUGACAGAGUAUCAUGAUGGAUUUCAGCAUGGGGAGCUAGGCCACCCCCUUUAUUUCUGGUUUUACUUUGUUUUCUUAAAUGGCAUAUGGCUGGUGGUACCUGCAAUCCUCAUCUUUGAUGCCAUAAAGCAUCUCACUCAUGCCCAGACCAAUCUGGACAGCAAGGUCAUGAAAACUAAGAGCAAGCAUAACUAAAGAGCAGUAUAGUGGGCCGGAACACCACUGAUGAGGCACCCUGCCCACCUCCCAGAAGAUUCAAGCCCUCCUCCCACAAGUUGGAGGGUCAGAACUAUCUGAUUUGUCACACUCAGGCUGAUGAUGGGUACAAAAAGGGCCAGUGGGGGAAAGUAGGGAAUGUGUGGGGAACCAUUGAAGAAAAGAUAUGAGAAGGUGGAGAAGGGGUGUCCACGAUGGUGGCAAUUUUCAAAACCGGGUAAUAAAAUAUCUUUAUAACACUGA